GCUGGUUUGUGAAGGAGCUGGGUGCCUGCUUUGUCGGGAAGCACCCUCUGGUCUCUUCGGUACCUCUAAGGGUGGGUUGCGGAAGGAAGCCCAGACGGUCUGCGGCCUUGAGCCAGGAACGCAGGAUGGCGGAGAUGAAGGAAGGGGGUGCUCUGAGUGAAGCUGUGUCAUUGGAUGGCGAUGAAUGGGAGCUGAGUAAGGAAAAUGUACAACCCUUAAGGCAGGGGCGGAUCAUGUCCACACUUCAGGGAGCGCUGGCACAGCAGGAAUGUACCUGGAACACGGCCGUUCAGCAGCAGAAACGGGCAUUUGAAUCUGAAAUUCGAUUUUACACUGGAAAUGACCCUCUGGAUGUUUGGGAUAGGUAUAUUAACUGGACAGAGCAGAACUAUCCUCACGGGGGGAAGGAGAGUAACAUGUCAACAUUAUUAGAAAGAGCGGUAGAAGCACUACAAGGACAAGAACGAUAUUAUAGUGAUCCUCGAUUUCUUAAUCUCUGGCUUAAAUUGGGGCGUUUAUGCAAUGAGCCUUUGGACAUGUACAGUUAUUUACACAACCAAGGGAUUGGCGUUUCACUCGCUCAGUUCUAUAUCUCGUGGGCUGAAGAAUAUGAAGCUAGAGAAAACUUUAAGAAAGCAGAUACGAUAUUUCAGGAAGGGCUUCAACGGAAGGCUGAACCGCUGGAAAAACUGCAGUCCCGGCACCGACAAUUCCAAGCUCGAGUAUCUCGACAAACUCUGUUGGCACUUGAGAAAGAAGAGGAGGAAGAAGUUUCUGGAUCUUCUGUACCACAACGAAGCACACUGGCUGAUCUAAAAAGCAAAGGGAAAAAGACAGCAAGAGCUCCAAUCAGCCGUGUAGGAGCUGCUCUCAAGGCUUCAAACCAGAACAGAGGACUCCAAAAUCCAGUUCCUCAACAGAUGCUAAUUAAUUCCAGAAUUACUGUUUUUGAUGAAAAUGCUGAUGCGGCCUCUAGAGCAGAGUUGUCUAAGCCUGCAGUCCAGCCGUGGGUAGCACCCCCUGUGCCCAGGGCCAAGGAGAACGAGCUGCAAGCAGGCCCGUGGAACACAGGCAGGCCCCUGGAAUAUAGGCCUCAUGGCAGUGCAGCUUCCGCAGCAGCUGCACCCUCUGAGCUUCCCAGUUUUGCUCCGUAUGUGGAAGAGACUGCACAACAGCCAGUUAUGACACCAUGUAAAAUUGAACCUAGUAUAAACCACGUUCUAAGCACCAGGAAACCUAGAAAGGAAGAAGGAGACCCCUUACAGAGGGUUCAGAGCCAUCAGCAAGAGUCUGAGGGGAAGAGGGAGAAGAUGAUGUACUGUAAGGAGAAGAUUUACGCAGGAGUGGGAGAGUUCUCUUUUGAAGAAAUCCGGGCUGAAGUUUUUCGGAAGAAAUUAAAAGAGCAAAGGGAAGCGGAGCUACUGACCAAUGCAAAGAAGAGAGCAGAAAUGCAGAAACAGAUUGAAGAGAUGGAGAAAAAGCUAAAAGAAAUCCAAACUACUCAGCAAGAAAGAGUGGGUGAUCAGCAAGAAGAGAGGUUGCCUGCAAAGGAGACAGCUGAACCUAGAAUUGCUUCUGAGUCUCAGGAAACACCAGGAAUGGUUCUAUCCAGUUCUCUUUGUCCAGUGAACUCUUGUGCCAGGGAGCCUUCACUUGCAGAAAACAUUUGUCAGGAACAGCCUCGCUCUAAAGGUCCCAGUAUACCAUUCUCCAUAUUUGAUGAGUGUCUUCCUUCAGAAAAAAAGAAUAUCAGUCCUCCUACAGAUCCACCUGGGGCUUUAGCCCAACGAAGACCCCUUACAAUUCUCAAAACGUCAGAAAGCAUCACCUCAAAUGAGGAUGUGUCUCCAGAUGUUUGUGAUGAAUUUACAGGAAUGGAGCCCUUGAGUGAGGAUGCCAUUAUCACUGGUUUCAGGAAUGUGACUAUUUGUCCCAACCCAGAGGACACUUGUGACUUCGCUAGAGCAGCUCAUUUUGUAUCUACUCCUUUUCAUGAGAUAAUAUCCUUGAAGAAUCUCCCUUCCGGUCCUGAGAGACUGUUGCAGGAAGAGGAUCUAGAUGUAAAAACCUCUGAUGACCAGCAGACUGUCUGUGGUGCUGUCUACAAUCAAACUCUCAGCGUCAAGAAGCUGAGCCCAAUUAUUGAAGACAGUCACGAAGCCACACACUCGUCCGGGUUCUCUGGAUCUUCUGCCUCAGUUACAAGCACCUCCUCCUCCAUCAAAUGUCUUCAAAUUCCUGAGAAGCUGGAGCUUACUAACGAGACUGCAGAAAACCCUACCCAAUCGCCUUGGUGUUCACAGCAUCGCAGACAACUGCUGAAAUCCCUGCCAGAGUUAAGUGCCUCUGCUGAGCUUUUUGUAGAAGACAAACCAAUGCCUAUUUUGGAAAUCGGGAGGGAAAUAGAAUUAGGUAAUGAGGAUUAUUACAUUAAAGAAGAAUACCUAAUUUGUGAAGAUUACAAAUUAUUCUGGGUGGCACCAAGAAACUCUGCAGAAUUAACCAUAAUAAAGGUAUCUUCUCAGCCUGUCCCGUGGGACUUUUAUAUCAACCUCAAGUUACAGGAACGUUUAAAUGAGGCGUGUGAUCGUUCGUGCAGCUCGUAUCAAUACCAAGAUGGCUGUAUUGUUUGGCAUCAAUAUAUAAACUGCUUCACCCUUCAGGAUCUUCUCCGACACAGUGAAUUGAUUACCCAUGAAGUGACAGUCUUGAUUAUUUCUAACCUUUUGACAAAAGUGGAGAAGCUGCACGAAGCAGAAAUAGUCCAUGGUGACUUGAGUCCAAGGACUCUGAUUCUUAGAAACAGGAUCCACGAUCCCUAUGAUUUUAAUAAGAAGAAUCAAGCUUUGAAGAUAGUGGACUUUUCCUACAGUGUUGACCUUAGCGUUCAGCAAGAUGUGUUUGCCCUCAGUGGCUUUCGGACAGUGCAGAUCCUGGAAGGACAGAAGAUGCUGGCCACCUGUUCUUCUCCCUACCAGGUAGACCUGUUUGGUAUAGCAGAUUUAGCACAUUUACUGUUGUUCAAGGAACACCUACAGGUCUUCUGGGACGGGUCCCUCUGGAAACUUAGCCAGAAUAUUUCCGAGCUGAAAGGUGGUGAAUUGUGGAAUAAAUUCUUUGUGCGGAUUCUGAAUGCCAGUGAUGAGUCCACAGUGACUGUUCUAAGGGAGCUUGCAGCAGAAAUGAAUGGGCUGUUUGACACGGUAUUCCAGAGUCACCUGAACAAAGCCUUAUGGAAGGUUGGGAAGUUAAUCAGUCCCGGAGCUUUGCUCUUCCAACAGGAUAGGCAGGCAAGUCUUCCACAGGUUCCUGCCUAAAACACAUGGCUGAGUCGUGGCUCGCCAGAUGCGUGUAUGCUGUUGUUUAAUUUAGGACCCAUUUAGAUACACUGCCAACACUUCUCUACUUUUUGGUAUAGGCAUGUUUCUGAGUAACUGACUCUUUUCUGACGCAGCAAUGUACCUACUCUUGGCCCGGUCUAACUUUGUAACAAAGAACAGUUUUGUAUGAAUGGACUCCACAUGACUGGGUACCUUUUCAUUUAACACAUUUGUCUCCAUUUUUCUCUGUACUUUUUCCCUCUUGUAAUUUGUGAUAUAUACCCAUGCGAUCACGUGUAUUUUGUGAAUAAUAAAAUAGUAUUUGUUAAAUUUGUGCUU